AGAGCAACACUGAACAUUGACAACCCAAAAUGCAAUCAUGGCGCACGGGGCACUGUGUUUUUAGAAUGCUGAGAAGUUUUUACGUAAACACUUCGUUAUUUUGCAUUGUAAACGAUUUAUGUGUUUUUAUAAAUUAUCCUUGAGUUUUUAAGAUUGUAGUGAAGCAUACAUGUGUGUUCCAAACGUGAAAUUUUCACCCAUUCGGAAUCACGACUCUGUACUACUAGACACUUGCAGGUAUAAAAAUCAUGAGAUUUGCUGUUUCAGGAGUCCUAACAUAACUUGUUGGUGUCAUAAUGUCAGAGGCGUACGCCCGCGAGAUACUGCGAAGGAAUGUUGCGCAAAUAUGCCAAACUAUAGGAUGGAACGGUAUAAACUCAACUCCACUGGACAUAUUGGUGCAUGUGCUGGAGAAGUAUAUAAGGUCACUUGGGACACAAGCAAAUAGAUACGCCGAACAAUUUAAUAGGACUGAACCAAAUUUACAUGACUUAGGAUUAGUAUUUCGUGACCUACACAUUCAUUUACCAGAGUUGACAGAGUAUACAAGGUGCGUUCCACCCGUGCCACCGCCUGUAACCUCUGAAAAGUUCCCUAAACCUAAAGAAUCCAAUUUGAACUUUCUCAAACCUGGCAGCCAUGAAGUGGUCACGAGACCUAUGCAUGUGCACGAGCACCUGCCACCUAUGUACCCGGAAAAAGAGAGGGAUACACCUGUUGUGGCAGGAACUGUUGAGAUACGUCAAAACGGCAUUGAUAAUGUUGACAAUAGUAAUGCAACAUGUACAAGUCCAGAAAUUUCAGUCACUGACAGCCCUGACAAAAACAAGGAAAUAUUCAAGAGACCCACUGAUCCUGUUUCGUUACCCAACAGUAAAAGACCAAGGUUACGUUUGGAUGAGGAGGAAAGGACUAGAGAAAUCAGUAGUGUGAUGAUGACAAUGUCAGGUUUCCUGUCUCCGGCACGUGAGGGUAAACUGCCUGAGGCUCGACCUCCUGCUAUUAUGUCAGAUAAACAUUAUGACAAACAUAAAGCAAAUUCACAUCAUUCUAAUGUAAUGAAGGCACCACUAGUAGAGAAAAGUGAUAAGAAAUCUAAGAAGAAUAAGUUAUUGAAUGGUAAAGUUAUGAAAAGUAAACGAAAAGAUAAGAGUCAUAAGGGUGAGGGUAGUAAAUCUAAGGAUAGUAGUAAAUUGAAUAAGUAUCCACCUGGUUAUCCAAUGAAAAAUAAGGAUGUUCAUCCUACACAUCAUAAUCACGUGACUAUGCCAGCGCCUAAGGCAACACCGCCUCCACAGCCACCUUCGAGAUCUGCGAUGCCUCCACCACCAGCUGUGGCCGAACCUAUCAGACCGAUUCCUCACAUCAAGCAGGAGCCUGUUGAUCUACCACCACCGGCACCACCAGUUGUGCCCAAAAACUCAGUAAUAACAGAGGAUACAAUCCCUGUACCAAGGAAAAUACCUAUUUCAAAAUCGCCACUUGUUUCUAAUUCAAUUCCUGUACAUAAAUCACAUCCUUCCACUAAUUCCUUUGUACCAGAAAUGGAAAUUAAAAAAGAAGUUAUUGAAGAAGAGGAGAAAUUGGCCUCUCAACCAGAUAGAUCAAAGAUUAAUAUAUUUAAAAGAAUAUCGAACAAAUCGAAAGAAGAUAAAAUCACUCCAGAGGUUGUUCAUGAAAAAUUACAGUCUGAUACAAUGAUCUCAAGGUUACAAAAUUCUGCACAUGAUAAUGCAAUUGAAAGUAGAUCGCAUGAAAAUGUUAGAGUGAAAUCUGAAGAGCCAGUCGUGAACAAUAAUGAUAAUAGUGCUGUAGAUUUGUCUAAAGUUAUGGACUUGAGGACUGAUGAAGUGAUAAAUAUUGAUGAUGAUUCUAUAGAUGUGCAUCCUAUGGCUUCUAGAGCUCCGCCAACGGAACAUCGUCCUAGUAUAUCAAUUAAUAAAUCCUUGCAGGUACCUUAUCCCAAAGAUAUAGCUAGUGUCAGUCCAAAAAUUAAGAAGGAAAAGAAACAUAAGGACAAGAAAGAUAAAGCUGCAAAACUAGAAGCAAAAUUAUUGAAGAAACAGAUAGCAUUAGAGUUAGCCCAAGCUGAAAAGCAGAGUUUGAAAAUGAGUGGUGCGAAACCACCCAAAGCAAGUAGGCCAAAGAAUGAAUCAAAGUUGCCACAAAUGCCACCUGGUUUCCCAUUCUUCCCUGCUAUGACUCCAGGGAGAGGUUUAAUGCCUGGUCCAGGCUUAAUACCUACACCUGGAUUAAUACCUGGCAGUGAAUUUCUAGCUGAGUUGGCCAAUAAUCCAGCACUAAGAGGAAUACCGCCUUCGAAUUUGCUCACCAAUCCAUUUGCAUUAGGUGCAGGUGGACCUGGUUUGAUUCCCGGACCUAGUUUCUUGUCUGGUGGAAUGAACCCUGGUAUACGAAAUCCACUUAUCCCAAUGGGUAAUUUCCCUCACCCAUCCAGAUCUUCCCCUAUGAAAAUACCUCCAAUGUUACGUCGUCGCCCUAGCUUAGAAGUGAUUCCCGUUGAUAAUGACGAUGACAGAGGCAUGCAUAAGUCUCCGAUGAUGGGACGAGAAAAGGACCGACACGACAAGCACAAAUCUCAAACCAUUCCAAACAUUUUACAGAAGCAUAAGUCCAAGUCGCAUAAAGAUCACAAGUCGAACAUGUUUAAAAUGCCACCUGUCACGCCAGAUAUCACUAUCGAAUUAAAUCCUCCUAAAGUGGACCCGGUCAGACUCGAGCCACCUCGGCAGUCGCCCGUCCCGCCACGUUUGCCCACACCAGAGCCAGUGGUCGAAAAGAAACCUGAGCCAGAACCAGAGCCUGUCAGAGCUCCAUCUCCAGAAAUACCACAGGAGAAAGAAUUAGAUAACUCUGAAAAGAAAAAGGAUAAGUCACAUAAAAAAGAAAAGAAGGAGAAAGAUAAGGAUGGCAUAAAAAUUAAGAAGAAAAAGGAUAAAAAAGAUAAGAACAAGGAUAAAUCUGACAAGAAGAGAGAAAAGGAGGAGAGGCAAGAGCUUAAAGAUAAAAUAAAGAAAGAAAAGAAGGAGAAAAAGAAGGAAAAACUGGCUGACGGCUUGGUCCCGAAACUUACGCUUAAACUGAGCUCGUCGAAUUCAAAUUCACCAAUGCCACCAAGCUCGCCAGAUUUAUACAAAUUAAACAUCAAACCGGUGAUAAAAAAGGAAGACGAGGAGGAGGAAUCACCGAUGAAAGAAGAGCCGCUGUCGAGAGAACACAGUCGCUCCCCAGAGCUCGCGCAAAUAUCUGCACUGGUGACGCGGCCACCAAAACCAAAACAUUCAAAACACAACCACAUCGCAGACAUCGAAGGCCACUCGUCUUCGCCGCCGUCCGGGAGCUCGCCGCCCCGAAAAAAUACUCCAUCCUCCUCUUCGAAAUAUAAAAGGAUAUUAAUUAAACCGCUGUGCAAGAAAGGGCACGUGGAAAACUUUGACGAUGACGUUGCAUCGAUUUCGGAAGAACCGGCGCCAGCUCCGCCGCCUCCCGCGCCCGUCGAGAGGCCGACCGGGCCAUUACCUACACCCUAUUACGUGGACGAACACGGCAAUAAGAUUUGGGUAUGUCCCGCGUGUGGCCGGCCGGACAACGGCUCGCCUAUGAUCGGUUGUGACGGCUGCGACGGCUGGUACCACUGGGUGUGCGUCGGCAUCACGGAAGAGCCUGGCGCCACAGAAGACUGGUUUUGUAAGUCGUGUCUCGCCAAACGUGCCGCAAUGGCGCUCGCCGGUGUCACUUCCUCCGGUAAAAAGAGGGGCCGAAAACCCAAAGGGGAAAAAAUUAGAGACUGUCAUUGAUAUGGACCUUUUGUUGUUACUGAGAUUAGUGAUAAUUUUCCGUUCGAUAGAUACGAGUAAAUGGAUGCAUGUUGUUAAUGGAUUAAUUGUUGAAUGAUAUCAUGAAGAAAAUGUUUUUCAUCAUUUAUAAUGUUAUAUCAUAGGCUUCAAUUAAGUAUAGAUAAUAAUGAAUAUUGACAUAAAAUGUUGAACAUAAAAAUAGUGUAGUUACUUGUAAUAAUUACCAUAAUUUUAAAUAUUUUGUUACGAUUUCUCUUUAUUUCUCGUUCGCUCGGUUAGAUCAAGCUGUAAUGCGAUUGCGGGCGUGUUAUACACUUCUCGCGUGUAAACAUAGAUGAUAAUAUAAGAUUCUUUUUAUAUUGUACAAAAACUGAAUUUACUUAAGAAAUUGGUGAUGUAUAAAGUAAAUGUAGUGAAUAUUUAAAUAAACAGAAAUAAGGCUGGAUGUAUUUUCAGCUGAUAUUUGAAUAUUUUCAUAUUAUAAUUUUAAUAUA